ACGCAUCUAACUGAACCUCACAGCUCGCAGUAAUCGAGUGAUCGUUGUCUGCUACAUAAGUUAUAAUUCUUUAGUAGAAAAAUCGUAGUUGCAUAUAGUAUGACUUCUUUUAAUAUUUUACACUGGAAUCCUUAAAUGAUCAUUGAUUAUUUCCGAUGUUCCCUUUACUUGUCUCAAGACAUUGUAAUCAUUUCAUAUUCAAACAAACCACAAGCACAACUGGGACGUAAAUGUUGAACCAAGUAUGACUUACAGUGUUUUUAGAAAAAUUAUCAAGGUGAAAUGUUGCGGUUGCUGUUUCUUGCAAUCCAUUGAGAGGGUCAGAUAUUGUUUUUUCAUCGAUUAUGUAUUGUGCAUUUCAAUGAAAUGAUAGUGGAUAAGUUCUCUCAAGUAGAGAAAUAUCAGGAAAGGCUGUUAUAUUGAUAGCCAAAGGAACUCAGUUACAGCAUGGCAGUUGGAGUAUUUCCUGCUCUCAAACUGGGAGUUCUGUUUAUGAAGCAAAUUAGUAAACCUCUUGCCAAAGUCAUUGUGACUAAUGCUAAGAAUCAUCCUGUUUUUAGGAAUUAUUUUAUCAUCCCACCUGCCCAAUUUUAUCACUGGGCAGAAGUUAAGGCGAAGAUGUAUUUAAUGAAUUUGGGAAAACCGACAAAAGUAGCGAAGCUGAAUGAGCAGAUGGCAAUCGAGCUCGGUGCAAGUCUCAUGGGUGAAGUGAUCAUUUUCACAGUGGCCGGCGGCUGCUUAAUCCUUGAAUACAACCGACAGGUUGCUAAGGAGGCUCGAAAGGAAGGAGAUAGGCAAGCUCAACUUCAGAAAUUCGCCGAUGACAUCACCAACCUCCACCAGUUAUCUCAACAACAGGCGAAACAGUUAGAAUAUCUCACGCAUGUUAUCGAAGAAAUUGCAAAAAAAACAAAACACAAAAUAAAUCUCCAAGAGGUCAAAUCGUCUUCAUAUCUAGCUGACUCUAGUGAUUCAACAAAGGAACAUUCACGAAAUUCUGUCAAUAAUGUUAGUAUCAAGAAAAAUAAUGCUGAUGAUAGUGAUGAUAAGUCGGUUGUACGUCGAGCGAUAGUUUACUAUGAAAAUGAUGUUAAAGGAAAAUUCAGCUGAAGUAUUAUUCAUUCAAUAGUAAAGCACUAAAGGCACUAGAAUAAAACACUUAAAACUUACUGUUCUUAUUGAAUGUUAGAUCAUUUCGAUAAUGAGAUGAAUAUGACAAACGAAUUGAAUUAUUUAUCGUUAAAACAGCUCCAGCUCCAGCUGCAGAAAAAACGUUCUACUAUUUCAUGAUAGAAUCCAUUUUAUCAAUAUCACUCGCUGAAGGUAGCUUAAUAAAAGAAAAUAAUUCACCUUGUUAGUUUCAUAUAAAAACCUCUUUGUUUUCUAAUUAUAAAAACUGUGAAAAUGUUGCAAAGUAUUGGUGAAGACGUGGGGAGAUGGAUGUAGAAAUAUACUGCAGACUAUUUUAUAAAAAUGA